AAAUUUAUUUUUCAUGAAGGCUUAAAACGAGAGCCGAAUAAAACCGAAAAUAGCCGAUAAUGUUGAUUCAUAUUCAAUGCGUAGCGUUAGUCUGUGAUUACCAAUGUCGCCAUCGCGCUGUGCUGCAUACGUCUAGUCAGUCGUGUUAGAGAAACGCGGUCGUGAAUUGGUUUGAUAUUUUUGUUAACUAUUUCGAAUAACUAUAUAGAAGGUAUUGAUAUGGAAAUAUAGGCAAUGAGUGAUCGUAAUAAAUCUACCUGUUAACAUUAAAUCACAAUAAAGAAAAUAAUCGUUUAAUAUCAUUGCUCUCAUAAACGAGCUAUGUAUUGGUUUUAUAUGUUUUUCCGAGGUCACCGUCAAACUUUGACAGACGCUAAUAUGUCACAUCUAAAUAUAAUAUUCUUUCUGCUGGGUAUCUGGACUCUCAUUAAUACAGUAUCUGCUGCAGAAGAUGGUCAUUGCAUUUGGUAUGGAGAAUGUUACACAGAUAAGUUCAACAUGCAUAAAAAAAAUUGCCCUUAUAUUGGACCAGCCAAAUUAUUGGAUAAUAAUGGACAAAAAUUAUUAGCUAAAAAUUGUCCUCAUUUAAUGAUUGAUUCUGGAAAUGGAAUUAACACUUGUUGCGAUACAAAUCAAUUACAAACAAUGGAUACAAAUAUUAAGCUGGCAUCUAAUUUUUUAUCCAGAUGCCCUAGUUGUUUGGAUAAUUUAGUAAAACAUUUUUGUGAAUUUACUUGUAGUACACAACAAAGCAAAUUUAUUAAUGUUACUGAAAUAGGGAAAGAAAAUGAAAUAGAAUACAUCAAUGGAAUAAAUAUUUAUAUAACAGAUAAAUAUAUUGAAGGUACAUUUAAUUCGUGUAGUAAAGUAUCAGUACCUAGUACUGGACAAUUAGCAAUGGAUUUAAUGUGUGGAAUAUGGGGAGCUAGUAGAUGUACUGCAUGGAAAUGGUUUCAUUAUAUGGGCGAUGCAGCAAAUAAUGUAUAUGUACCAUUUCAAAUUACAUAUAUAAAUACUGAUGAACCAAUAGAUUCAUUUAUUCCUGUAGAUCCUAAAGUCACACCUUGUAAUAAGGCAUUAAAUAAAAAUAUGCCAGCAUGCAGUUGUGUAGACUGCGAAGCCAGUUGUCCAGUGCCUCCACCAAUUCCUCCUUUACCAAGACCUUCUACUAUUUUUGGUUAUGAUAGUUAUGCUGUAAUAAUGAUCAUUACUUUUGUCUGUGGUUCAACUCUCUUCAUCUUGUCAAUAGUGUGCUUCAGUAAUAGGAAACAAAUUGUUGCACGAGGUGAGGAAGUAGGAAGGCAGGUGGGUAGACGCCUAGCCGCAGGGUUACAUCACCCAGGAGAUGGUGCGCGUAUUGCUCUCGCCGCUGACCAAGAAGACAGCCCACUUCAAUCUAAGCGUUCCAGUGUGAUAUCUGCAGAUGAUUUGCCGAGCGGUUUCGAUGAUGAAGAACAAUCAACUUUUAUCGAAAGAUUAGGUGCAGGCACAGAUAAAUUAUUAGCGGAAUUUUUUUGUCGAUGGGGUACAGCUUGCGCGUCACGGCCAUGGUUUGUCCUUUUUCUUGGUUUUCUAUUUAUUAUUGGUUUGGGACAUGGAAUAAAAUAUAUACAUGUUACCACUGAUCCAGUUGAAUUAUGGGCUGCUCCACAAUCUCGAUCACGAGUUGAAAAAGAAUAUUUUGAUCAACAUUUUGAACCGUUUUAUAGAACUGAGCAAAUUAUUAUAACAUCGGUUGGUUUGCCGAAUAUUGUACAUAAUACAUCUAAUGGUCAAAUUACAUUUGGUCCAGUAUUUAAUGCUACUUUCCUAAAAACUGUUUAUAAGUUACAAGAAGAAAUAAAACAAAUAACAACUCCGAAUAAUUAUACUUUAGCAAAUAUAUGUUUUGCUCCACUAACCAGUCCAUUUACUGGACCACCAACAGCAUCACAAUGUGUUAUUCAAAGCAUUUGGGGAUAUUGGCAAGAUAGUAUAGAAACUUUUGAUUUUUCUACCACAGAUGAUGAUAAUUUUACUGUAAAUUAUUUAGAUCAUUUCAUCGUUUGCUCGCAAAACGCAUAUAAUCCUGAAUGUCUUGCACCUUAUGGUGGUCCUAUAGAACCAGCAGUUGCAGUUGGUGGAUUUUUAUCACCAGGUCAAGAUCUUCAUAAUCCUUCAUAUGAAAAAGCCACAGCAGUAAUUUUGACCAUAUUAGUUAAUAAUUAUCAUAAUAAAUCUAAAUUGCAUCCAGCAAUGGAAUGGGAAAAAAGUUAUAUUGAAUUUAUGAAAAAUUGGACAACGAUGAAAAAACCAGAAUUUAUGGAUAUUGCCUUUACUUCAGAACGAUCGAUAGAAGAUGAAUUAAAUCGUGAAUCUCAGUCAGAUGUUUUAACAAUUCUUGUAUCGUAUAUUAUUAUGUUUGCAUAUAUUGCGAUUUCUCUUGGUCAAAUUAAAAACUGCAGUCGACUUUUGAUCGAUUCUAAAAUUACUCUUGGUCUUGGUGGUGUACUUCUAGUAUUGGCUUCUGUUGUAUGUUCUGUUGGUUUGUUUGGUUUCAUUGGCAUUCCUGCAACACUUAUUAUUAUUGAAGUCAUACCAUUUCUUGUCCUUGCUGUUGGAGUGGACAAUAUUUUUAUUCUAGUUCAAACACAUCAAAGAGAAAGUCGUCGUCCCAAUGAAUCAAUACCUGAACAUAUUGGUCGUAUUCUCGGUCAAGUGGGACCAAGCAUGUUACUUACUAGUGUAUCAGAAAGUUGUUGUUUCUUUCUUGGCGGAUUAUCUGACAUGCCUGCUGUUAAAGCUUUUGCUCUGUAUGCCGGUAUGGCAUUAUUAGUAGACUUUGUGCUACAAGUAACAUGUUUUGUUAGCUUAUUAGCAUUAGAUACUAUUCGUCAAGCAAAUAAUAAACUUGAUGUAUGCUGUUUUGUACAUGGUUCAAAAAAAGACAAUGGAGAAGAAGUAGUAAAUGGUAUUUUAUACAAACUUUUCAAAAUUGUGUAUGUCCCAUUAUUAUUGAAAAAAUGGGUACGAGCAUUCGUUAUGAUAAUAUUCUUUGGUUGGAUUUGUUCGAGUAUCGCCGUUGUCCCACAUAUCGAAAUUGGUCUAGACCAAGAACUUUCCAUGCCCGAAGAUAGCUUUGUUUUGAAAUAUUUCAAAUUUUUAAAUAGUUAUUUAUCUAUUGGACCACCAAUGUAUUUCGUUGUAAAAGAAGGUUUAAAUUAUUCCGAUAAAAGAGCACAAAAUCUUGUAUGUGGUGGUCAAUAUUGUAACAGUGAUUCAGUAUCUACUCAAAUAUUUAUAGCAUCAAAACAAUCAAAUAGAACAUAUAUAGCAAAACCUGCAUCGUCGUGGUUAGAUGAUUAUAUCGAUUGGUCUCAAUUAUCAACUUGUUGUAAAUAUUUUAUGUCGAAUCAUUCUUUCUGUCCACAUACAGGAUCUACCAAAUAUUGCUCUUUAUGUAAUAUUACCAAAAAUGAAAUUGGUCGGCCUAUACCAACAGAUUUUGACCGUUACGUAUCAUUUUUCUUACAAGAUAAUCCUGAUGAUACAUGUGCUAAAGCAGGUCACGCUGCUUAUGGUCAUGGUGUUAAUUAUGUUACCGAUCCUCUGACAGGCCUAUCGAAAGUCGGAGCGUCUUAUUUUAUGGCUUAUCAUACUAUAUUAAAAACAUCUGCCGAUUAUUAUGAAUCGAUGAGAGCUGCUAGAACUGUAUCUGCAAAUAUUACAAACAUGAUUGAUGAUUAUUUAAAAAGUAUCGGUGAUAAUUCAACGGUUGAAGUGUUUCCAUAUAGUAUAUUCUAUGUUUUUUAUGAGCAGUACUUAACAAUGUGGCCUGAUACGUUAUACAGCAUAGGAAUAUCUUUAAUUGCUAUUUUCGCAGUAACUUUCUUUUUAAUGGGUUUAGAUAUAUUUUCCUCUGUUGUUGUUGUAAUAACUAUUACUAUGAUUGUCGUCAAUAUCGGCGGUUUAAUGUAUUGGUGGCAUAUAACAUUAAAUGCAGUGUCUCUUGUUAAUCUCGUUAUGGCUGUUGGAAUUGCUGUAGAAUUUUGUAGUCAUUUAGUACAUUCUUUCUCAGUAUCAGUAAAAACAACAAGAGUUGAAAGAGUUGCUGAUGCAUUAACGAAUAUGGGAAGUUCAAUCUUUAGCGGUAUAACUCUUACCAAAUUUGGUGGAAUUAUAGUACUCGGUUUCGCUAAAAGUCAAAUCUUUAAGGUAUUUUACUUCAGAAUGUAUCUGGGUAUUGUGCUAUUUGGAGCUGCACACGGGUUAAUAUUUUUACCAGUAUUACUAAGUUACAUUGGCACACCAAUGAACAGAGAAAAGUUGGCAAAUCACAAGAGAGCAAUGCAAGGAAAUCUGGACAACGUACAGGAGACUUCCUUGAAUCAUGGCGUAAGCAAACUCAAUUCUCCUCCCACACCCACCACAAGCACACCUACCUUCAGAGUGCUCGAAUAUCAAAGAUAGGCGUGAUGUCGCGCCGAAGGCGUAGAAGAACCAAUGAAUAUGCCAGCAGGGCCAGAAACAAAUAUAAGAGUCAAGUAUGUGGACCUGACUCUCCUUUACUCCAAAACGACAACAAUCAGUACCCAACCACUUCCUACGCCAGUGUGAACUCCAUAGAUUCGACACAUUAUCAAAUAAUUUUUUAGCAUUAAUCGUUAUUCGUAAAAUGACUUUUAUACUUAGAGAGAGACUGAACAUAAUCUGUCUGUAUAAUAAGAGUUAUUUUUAUUAUAGAUAAUAACUUUCUUUUUUUUAAAAGUUUUAGUAAAAUUUACGUUUGAUAUUAAAUGGUGAUUGGAAAAAAAUUAUAUGAUUGAUGUAAGCAUAAACUAUGAAGUUCACGUCUGGUAUUUUUUGUAAGUAAAAAGAGAAAAAUUUCGUAUCUUAUUGUUAUUAAUAAACUAAGUUUUCGUUAUAUUUAGAAUAUUUAAUUAUA